CGUGAAUUUUUUUUCGACAUUAUUUUAAUAUAAGCGAGUCUCACCACGUUGGAAAUGCAAAUAAGUGAAGAGCGUUUUUAUGCGCAUUGUAUAACUAUGCGUACGCAUCAUUUGUGGCCAAAAGUUGGGUUGGCCCAUCAUCCCCGGGUUAGCAAAACGAAACACUGGCGUUGUUUCGUUAGGAAAAUUGCAUAGCAUUGUGCUAGGCAGCAGCGUAGCAGCAACGUGGCAGCAACGAGGAAGCAACGAGGAAGCAACGUGGUAUCUCCCUUUUUGAGUAUCACCUUGAGUUCGCCCCUCUGCUGGCACAUGGACGAGUGGUUGCCCCUUCCACUUGGUAGCGUUGUUCACCAUGCAACCUCCAACAUAAUGAGCCAAGAUAAGUAACGCCGCAACCGCUGUUCCCCUAAAAUAGAUUACCCAUCGCUACAAAAAUCACUGAAGGGGAAGAACACGCGAAUGAAGCCCUGCCGACUGGCACCACAUAAAAGUUUGCCCCUUUUGCGAAAUAAGUGAAUUGGAGAACGCCAAGUAGAUAGGAACAUUUGGGAUACCAAAUAUACGUACAACGCGGCUGUCAUCGUGCCAUCACCUGGUGAACACGUGUCAAUUUUGCCGCCAACUGGGAGGCAUACGUACGUGGAAGCGCACCUGUGGACCCCCACCCACGCACGUAGACACAUACCCAUUUUUGAGUGCCCAUUUUUGAGCACCCAUUUCUAAGUACCCAUUUCUGAGUACCCUUUUUUGCGUCCCCACGUCUGCCGCCCUUCCCCUUAAAAUGAACAAAAAGGAGAAAAAGAAGCUGCGGUACAUGACCAAGGAGAAGCAGUACUCCAUCGAGGAAAUUGAAAAAAUUGACGUAAAGCGAUACAACGAAUUGUCUCGAUUUUCCAAAAACAAAAAUAAAAGAAACGCUCUGAAGGGAAAGGCAUAUGUGAAGAAAUUAAUUCUUCGUAAACAAAAAAAAGAUGAAAUAAAAAAAAAAAAAUCUUUAAACAUUCCUGUGGAGAAAAAAAUCCCCAGGAGUAUAGAACGGCUAGCCAUCUUUGAUGAAAAUAAAAUUAACGAGGAAAAUGAAAAAUUCUUAUUGAAUGAAAAAUGUAUAGACGAAUUUAGUGAUUAUUUCAAACAGAGGAAAGAACCAAACAUUGUUAUAACGUCCAUCAAAAGGCCAUCGAAAAACACAAUUUUGUUUAUGAAAGAACUGUCGUUAACCUUUCCUCACAUUUUUUAUGAACCAAGAUUGGAUCAUUCAAUUGAAUUUCUCAUGAGCAAUUCUGUGCAGAAUAACUUUUCCACUUUUAUCUUAAUCGAAGAGGGGAUUGAUAAACACCCUAAGUAUAUGUUCAUAUCAACUUUGCCAAACGGCCCCACGGCGAAAUACUCCCUCACCAAUGUUUUAUAUGCACACAAGAAGAAGACGGACAUUGAAAUAACGACUUUGCCUCCGGAGGUCUACAUCACCAACUUUAACACCUUCAUUGGGGAACGGAUAAAGCGGCAGCUCCACACCUUGGUGCCCUUCAAACCGGCGUACAAAUCCCAGAAGGUCGUCGUUUUUUACAACCAGCGCGACUUUAUCUUUUUCCGCCACUUUAAGUACAACUUCCUCAACAAAAAGAAGUGCACGUUGAACGAAAUUGGCCCGGCGUUCACCUUGCAGUUGCUCAGUCUUAAGGAUGGGCUGAUUAACGAUAAGGAGAAAAUGUACGAGUUUGUGCUGCGCCCAGAUAUGAAGGUUAACAGGAAGAAAAUGUACUUGUAA